AGUGUUUGAAUCAAGCACGCAUUUUCUGGUUGGUCUUUUAUUGAAAAAAUGGACCCACAAAAUCCAGAUGGUCUUGAAAGACAGGGCAGUACCUUGACGUUAACAAGAUGUGCCAGUCAGAAUUCACUAGAUGAAAGCUCCCAGAAACAUGUCCCACAAAAUUGCCAAAAAUCUACUUCAUACAGAGAACGGAGGCCCUACAAGAAUCCGUUGCACACGCAAAAGGCCUUUGAAUUAAUGAACUGUAUGAGAGAACAGAAACUGUUGUGUGAUGUUACCCUGAUAGCCAAUUCUGUGGAAAUACCCGCGCAUAAAAUGGUUUUGGCAGCAUGUUCCCCAUAUUUCUACGCUAUGUUUUCAAGUUUUGAGGAGAGUAGACAGGAUCGAAUUGUUAUUCAAGAGGUCGACAAUUAUGCUUUGGAACUGUUGGUUGAAUACUCAUACACCUCAGAAAUACAAGUAACAGAGGAAAAUGUACAAGUUUUGCUACCAGCAGCUCACUUACUGCAGCUAACAGACGUUAGAGACGCAUGUUGUGAUUUUUUGCAGGCUCAGUUGCACCCUACAAAUUGUUUAGGCAUUCGGGCAUUUGCUGACUUGCAUGGAUGCCUUGAUCUCCUUGCUAAUGCUGAAAAUUAUGUCGAAUUAAACUUCCCGGAGGUUGUUGAAUGUGAAGAGUUUUUAGCAUUGUCUCAGCAGCAAGUUGCAAAACUUAUCAGCAGCGAUUUGCUGACAGUUCCAUCUGAAGAAAAGGUAUUUGAAUGUGUUAUUGCAUGGGUUCAUCAUGAUGUUGCAAACCGUCAGAAACACUUGGCAUCUUUAAUGGAACAUGUUCGAUUACCUUUGAUGUCGCAAGACUACCUGGUGCAAAGAGUGGAGGAAGAACCUCUUUUGAAAGCGGAUUUACAGUGCAAGGACUAUUACAUCGAAGCAUUGAAGUUUCACUUAUUGAAAGGAGAUACUAAAACUACUUUUCGCACCCCAAGAACUAAACCUAGACAACCAGUGGGUCUACCGAAAGUUUUGCUUGUAGUGGGUGGUCAAGCUCCAAAGGCAAUUAGGAGUGUCGAAUGUUACGACUUUAAAGAGGAAAGAUGGUAUCAGGUUGCUGAAAUGCCAACUAGGAGAUGCCGAGCUGGUUUAGCAGUGUUAGCAGGCAAAGUGUACGCGGUUGGCGGCUUUAACGGUUCACUUCGAGUUAAGACAGUCGACGUGUAUGAUGCUGCACAUGAUCUUUGGACCAAUUGUGAAUGCAUGGAAGCUCGCCGAUCUACGUUGGGUGUGGCGGUCUUGAAUAAUAACAUUUAUGCUGUAGGCGGUUUUGAUGGAUCCACCGGCCUUAAUACGGCUGAGGUUUUCGACAUGGUUACUCAAAAAUGGCGCGCCAUCGCCUCCAUGUCGACUAGAAGGAGCAGUGUUGGUGUGGGUGUCUUAAAUGGUCUACUAUAUGCGGUUGGAGGAUAUGACGGAGCGUCUAGGCAAUGUUUAAGUUCCGUCGAAUGUUAUAAUCCUGAUAGAGAUAUUUGGAGAGCUGUGCCGGACAUGUGUUCUAGAAGAAGUGGUGCAGGCGUUGGCGUGUUGGAUGGCAUACUAUACGCGGUUGGAGGACACGAUGGCCCAUUAGUACGCAAAUCGGUGGAAGCUUACGAUGUUAAUAAAGAUCAGUGGACACCAAUCCGUGACAUGGCGUUCUGUCGUCGCAAUGCAGGAGUAGUGGCUCUUAACGGCUUGCUAUAUGUAGUAGGUGGAGAUGAUGGUUGCAGCAAUUUGUCAUCAGUGGAAGUGUAUAACCCAAAAACUGAUUCCUGGGUUAUGUUACCGAGCUGCAUGGGCAUCGGACGUAGUUACGCUGGAGUGGCAGUCAUUGAUAAGCCCAUUUGAAAAUUGGAUUCUGUUAGUGGCGGGAGUGUCGGGGUUCAAUAUUCUAGCUCAACGAGCAGGUAUGCCAAUUGCGACGAAAAUAGCUGCGCUGAAGGUGCAGUUGGUUAUGAUAUGCGAGCUCCAUCUAUUUCGUCCACAUGCGCUGUUCAAGAUAACAUCUACGAGCAGAUUUGUAACCUACCCGACGCUAACAGAAUCCCAGACGAAGAAAAUAUUUAUGAGUCAAUUGAAGAUAUGAGGCAACGGGAAAACUUACGCUCACAACCUAGCACAUCUAACGCUCCCGACUUGAACGAGUCAAUCUACGAUCCGAGUUUAGCCAGUUGCAGUACAAGCACAUAUGGAAGAAUUGGAAACACUUACGGGAGAAUCGACAUAAUCGGACAUGGCAUUGGCAGAAUCGAACGACACUUGUCUUCGUCUUGUGGCAGUAUCAAUAGCAAUCACUACGCUAUUGAUAGUUUGUAUGGCACAUCAGAUAAUUCAGGCAGAAUUAGCAAAGUAUCUGUUCAAUGGCUUCUGGCCAACAAAUGGCUGCCAUUAUGGAUAGCC